AUGGCCGACGUCAUCGAGCUGAACGAGAUCCCCACGCUCAGCCUGCUCUACAAGCUCAACCGCAUUCCAAUCGCCUCAGACCAGGCGUCGUCGUACGAACCAAAUGUCGCAUACAAUGACAAGAUUUCGAUCAUAAAGCAAGACAUAACCUCCCUUGCAAUUGACGCCAUCGUGAACGCCGCGAACGAGUCCUUACUUGGAGGUGGUGGUGUAGACGGUGCUAUCCACCGUGCAGCAGGCCCCGAUCUUGUCGAAGAAUGUCGCACGCUCGACGGCUGCGAGGCAGGCGACGCCAAAAUUACCGACGGCUACGAGCUCCCUUCUAAGAAGGUCAUACACGCCGUGGGCCCUCGCUGGUACGCGCUCAGUGCCCCGGACGCAGAGGCGAAGCUCAAGAGCUGCUACCGUCGGGGUCUGGAACUGGCGGUCGAGAAUGAUCUGAAGAGCAUCGCCUUCCCAGCAAUUAGUACCGGUGUUUUUUCAUACCCGAACGUAAAGGCGUGCAAUGAUGCCUUAACCGAGGUGCGCGAAUUCCUGGACGAGGGGAAGGGCGAUGGGCUACAGCGUAUUAUCUUCUGCAACUUCUUGCAGAAAGACCAAGACAUAUACUACAAGCAUGUCUCCAAGCAUUUUCCUCCGGUGGCUGAGGUCGAGGAGACGGACGAGGUCACGAAGACCUCAACCGACGAAACAGAGAUUGCUGCUAAGCUACCUGACCCUCCUACGACCGAGCCCAAACACCCCGAUGAGCCUUCAUCGAAGAAGCAGAAGACGGAAGCAGCGGAGGAUGACUUCGUGGUGGUGGACAAGGAUGACGCCAAGGGCACUCCCAAGGGCGAGCUAUAG